GUCCUUCCCCGUGUACCAAAGCUUACUGUUCAAAUCAAUUCACGUGUUUACUGUGACAAAGAUUUGCUUUCUUAUCGGAAUUAAGAUUAUUUAAUACCGUUUGUACAUCUCAUAGUGCACAAGCUUCAACCAGAUCGUGAAAGGUAUGCUUUCUGUUAGGAGAUUCAUCUAUCAAAUAAGAUAUAGUUUUAAUACAAUGUCUGAAGCCGUUCAAAAUGGAAAACCCAUUCUCAAACGUCCUGGAGUGGGAAUUGGGGUUCUUGUGACAGACUCCUCCAAUCCAGGAUGUGUCCUGUUAGGAAAAAGAAAAACCAGAGUUGGGAAAGGAACCUACCAGUUACCAGGAGGUCACAUUGAAUUCGGAGAAACUUGGGAGGAAUGUGCCCAGAGAGAGGUGAUGGAGGAAGCUGGUGUCCGACUGAAGAACCUUCGCUUUGGAUCAGUCGUCAACUCCAUCAGAUUGGAAGAAAACUACCAUUAUGUCACAAUCUUCAUGCAGGGAGAACUGGACAGGUCUUUCUCAGCUGAACCAGUUAAUUUGGAGCCAGAGAAGAAUGAAGGUUGGACAUGGAGGCGGUGGGAGGAUUUUCCCCCUGAAGAGCAGCUAUUCUUGCCAUUAGCCAACCUGAGACAGCAGGACUUCCAGCCAUUCAGAAAAAGUUAAAGGGAUUUUCUGUAGUUAAAACAUUACCUUAUCUCACCCAGACCUAACCUUAUUGAGGCUCAGGUGAAAUGAAUUCCCCUUCAGGCCUUUUCUCACUCAUUUUGAAGAGAGCAUUGACCUGUUGAAAGGACACAUGCCCUGACCUUAAGUUGUGAGAUUGCCAUACUGUACUUUCUGUGAGAUUGACAUAACUGUUAUGGAUAAUUCAUUAAUGAAUAUUAUUCCAGUUUCUCAAGAGCCUAAUGAUUUUAUUGAACACACAUGUAUAUUAAAUUAUAUCAGCUAAUAUCAGAAUUUUUUUGUACAUGCCAGUAUAUUGAGUAUAUAGCAUUUUAAGUGUGAUAUUUUGUUAAAAUAUUAAAGUAACAGUUUACAAUAAGGUAUUGUUAAUAUUACUGAAUGCAUUAGGUAUUCAUAAAAGCAAUACUUUUACAGUAUUUAAUUUUGCCCACUGUUAAUUUCUACAUAAUAACAUUUCAAGUGUUAAACUAACAUUAACCUGAAUUAAUAACGAAUUGUAUUUUAUUGUAAAGUGUUACCAAUAUUUCAUCAUAACUUCCUCAUGCAAACUUACUCUAACUGUUUUCGACCAGACAACACCUUUUGCAUUUGUAAUACUACUGCAAGGAUUUCAUAACAUAUUAUUUUUCCACAUAACCCUUACCUGCACUCAAAUAAACAGUACCUGGUAGUUUUCAA